AACACAACUUACAGUUUUUCCUGCCAACAAACAAAAAUGCUCAAAAGCAUCAAAGACUAUACUAAGCGCCAUCGCAAAGGUUUACUUAUUACCGCAACUAUUAUAGGUGGAGGUAUAUUUGCUGGUCAAUAUGCCCGGAAUAAAAUUCAGGAAUUGCAGGACAAGGCUGCAUCUGAAAGAAUGGCCAAAGAGAACUUGAAGAGACGCUUUGAACAAAAUCAAAAUGACUGUACAUUUACCGUUCUAUCGCUAUUACCCACUCUAAGUGAACAAGUUUUUGAUGAUAUGGCUGUGGAGGAGCUAUGGGCUAAGCUGCAAGAGCUACGCAAAGAGCAAAAGCAGAAGCUAGAAAAGCAAAAAGAGGAAAAGAAGCAAGAAAGCGAGAUUGAAGCUAACUCCAACCAAGAAAAGCCUGUCGAAGAACAAGAAAUAAAGGAAGAAAGCAUUAGUGAAGCUCCUACUAAUAGUGAGAACGCUGAGACUGUUGUCAAUGAGCAACAGUCUGAAGAAACAAAACCAGAGCCCGCACCAGAGCUCUUCUUACCAAUUACAGAGGAUCAGCAGCCAUCUAGCAAAGCUAUCCUCAAUAGUGGUACAAUGGAGAGCAGCAUUGGAAGUCUUGCAAACUCAUCCUUGUCGGAAGGAUCCGAGCUUGUAAGCUCUCAAAAAUUGGAGGUACCAUCGGAAGAAAAGGCAGUAGUACUAAAGUCCAAGUACGCACUAUGGGAAGAGAUUAAAAUCAAAAGCUUUACUAGAAGUUUGACUUCCCUUUACUGCGUGUCGUUGCUGACAUUGCUUACACAUACUGAGCUAAAUCUUUUGGGCCGGUUCACUUACGUGUCCUCUAUUGCAAGUUUGAAUAGAAGCGAGCCUACAAUCCGCAUUGAGAGAUCUGAGUCUGAGUCAAAGGAUACCUUCAUGGACAUUGAUGUAGAAGGCAAGUUCUUAUCUUUCAGUUGGUGGCUACUCCACAAAGGCUGGAAGGGACUUGCUGCAAGAGUUGAGGCUGCGGUACAUGAAGUCUUUGGCAGUAUUCAGCUGAAGCAUGCGACUAACUAUGAAGAGACCUUAAGGUUGAUUAAGCGAGUACGACAUUUGAUAGAGUACGACGCCGAAUCAAUGAAGCCUCACAGAAACAGCUUUGCGCAAUACAUCAUCCCACAAAAUGCUGACGACGAAGCAGAAGUUUUGGUCCAGGCAGGCUAUGCGACGUCACCGCAGGAAGCUGAGAAAAGUCUGAAGAACUAUAAAUUGCGUAGACUACUCGACGAAACUAGUGACUUUGUUGAGAGCGUUGAUUUCAAAACUGUGUUGGGUGCUUGUUUGGAAGAACUUUUUGCUUUAUUCUACCACAACACCUUCACGAAGCCAUUCGAUCGAGAAAACAAUGUAUCAAAUGAAGACCGCAUCCAGGAAAUCAAUAGUAACUACCUCCAACCAUCAGCAAUUGAGAAGAAGGUUACUAUUGCCAACCUGUUGCCACCCGUUAGUCGCCAGUCACAUCUCAUCAUCAACAGCAACGAGUAUCUUAACGCCUUAAGUUAUGUGAAAGAACUGCAGGCAUUCUCAGCUAUUAUAUACACUCAAUAUGAUAUAUCGCAGCAAGCUUAAGAUUCUAUAGUAGCCCAAUUACACUAAAUACAAGAAAAAUGAAAUAAAAUGUAACGCAAAGAGAUGAGCCCGCGCACUGCUUUU